AUGGUUGCAGCGUUCCAGCCUGCAACUCGAGUGACCAAGGAGCACGUAGUAGGGAACGAGUACGAGGAGCGCGGUGGCCCUUCCUACCUUGACAUGCAGGCAACGACGCCAGUGGAUCCGCGAGUGCUGGAUGCAAUGCUGCCUUACUACCACGGCCGCUUUGGGAACCCGCACAGCCGGAGCCAUUCCUACGGCUGGGAUGCUGAAGAAGCCACAGAGAAGGCACGCGUGCAGAUUGCAAAUCUCAUCAACGCGGAUCCCAAGGAGAUCUUUUUCACUUCUGGUGCAACCGAGUCCAACAACAUGGCAGUGAAAGGCGUGGCCGAGUUCUACGAGGGCUCCGGGAAGAAGCACAUCAUCACCACACAGACUGAGCACAAGUGCGUCUUGGCUUCAUGUCGACGACUGGAAGUGGACAAGGGCUGGAGCGUGACCUACCUUCCUGUGGACAAGUACGGCCUUGUGAAUCUUAAGGAGCUGGAGGAUGCAAUUCGAGAAGACACCGCCCUGGUGUCGGUGAUGCACAUCAACAACGAGAUUGGCACAAUGCAGCCUGUUGAGGAGAUCGGCAAGAUCUGUGAAAAGAGGAAGGUGCUAUUCCACACUGACGCCGCCCAAAGCGUGGGAAAGGUGCCAGUGGAUGUUAAAAAGAUGAAUGCGGCUCUGCUGUCUAUCUCCGCGCAUAAGAUGUACGGGCCAAAGGGUGUAGGAGCCCUCUACGUUCGCCGAAAACCGCGCGUCCGUCUUCGCGCGGUGAUCGACGGUGGCGGCCAGGAGCGUGGCUUCCGCAGUGGAACGUUGGCGACGCCGACAAUCGUCGGCUUCGGUGCGGCUGCGGAGGUAUGCAUGCAAGAGAUGGAGAACGACAAGAAGCAUGUGGAGAAGUUGUACGCCCGUAUGCAUGACGCUAUCACUGAUCAGCUCCCGCAGAUCACCCUCAAUGGCUCACCGAGUCAGAGGUAUCCUGGCAAUGUGAACCUGUCAUUCGCCUGCGUGGAGGGUGAGAGUCUUCUCAUGUCUUUGGCGAAGACCACGGCCGUGUCCAGCGGAUCCGCCUGUACCAGCGCCUCCCUCGAGCCGUCCUACGUCCUACGUGCCAUUGGAGUGUCGGAGGACUUGGCGCACACGUCCUUGCGAUUCGGCAUCGGCCGCUUUACCACUGAGGCCGAGGUUGACGGCACGGUCAAAGAUGUGGUGAGGGAGGUCCGUCGCUUGCGUGAGAUGAGCCCCUUGUGGGAGCUCGAGCUUGAGGCUCUGAAGACAGGUGGGCAGAAGCAAGCUGUUACUUG